AUGCGUUUCGCUCUGACUCUCACUGCCUUGGUCGGCUCUGCUGCCGCUCUGUCCAUCACCUCUCCCAAGAAGGAUCAGGAUGUUGACCUGAGCGAGAAGACCACCGUCGAAUGGAGCUCUGUCAGCUCCGAUCCCUCCUCCUUCGACAUCUACCUCGUCAAGAUGAACUCCUACCCGCCAGUGAACAAGCUGGUCGCCGAGAACGUCAAGACCAGCGACGGCUCCUACACCAUUGACGGUCUCUCCGUGGACAGCGGCUCCGGCUACCAGGUCAACUUUGUCUCCAAGGACCCCCAGAACACCGGCAUCCUCGCCCAGUCCCAGCAGUUCACCGUCGAGUCCUCCGGCUCCUCGACCUCCUCCAGCUCUGCUUCUACCACCACCGCUACCGAGACCUCGACUUCAUCCUCUUCCUCUAGCACCGGUAAGGCCUCUACCACCACCUCCAAUGCCUCCAGCACCUCCGCGACCGCCUCCACCAUGACCACCUCCGCCUCCGGUACUGCUUCCAUCACCAAGUCUUCCACCACGAGCAAGGAGAACGCCUCCUCCACCGCCUCGGGAACCAGCAGCCCCAGCACCACCCUCUCCAACGGUGCCGGCUCGCUCGCCAUCCCCGCCGGCUCUCUGCUCAUGGGUCUCGCUAUUCUGGCGCUGUGA